AUGCUGUCAAAAUCUAGAUCCUAUGUUUCAAUUGCUUGUGACAAUUGUCGCAAACGCAGAAGAAAAUGUAAUGGAGAAAUUCCCUGUCAUUACUGUUCAGGGAAAAAUAAACCAUGUGUAUAUGACAAAACCAAAGACAAACGAAGACGACGAGUUGAUUUAGUUUAUGUUGAUUAUUUAGAACACAAGUAUAACAAUCUACUUAAUUUUGUCAAAAGAAUACGGUCAGCCACUAAAGAUGAACGUUUACGUGCCCAAUGUAAUGAAAUGUUGGCUAAUAAUGAUCCCAAAUUUAUUGAUAAUAAAGAUCUUGGAUUGUCGAAUGAUGAGUUGACUCCUGCUAGUGAAUCCGACAAACAACAAAAGGAAAUUAUUCAAUUAACCAAGCCUAUGGAUGACUUGGUGUCUAUGAAAUGGGAAUUGAAAUUUGAUGAAUCGGGGAAUACAAAGUUCUUGGGUCCUCCAGUUCGACAAGUAGAUCGAUGUUUGAUCAAGGACAGAACAAUAAUCAUUGAUGAGUGUAAGCAAAUGUGCUAUUUUAAUGAAACAGUACUUACAGAUACAGAGUUCAUCAAAGAACUAACGAACACAUUUUUCCAAAACAUGUUACCAUUUAAUUUUGCACUUGAGGAAAUCAAUAUUGAUGAGAUUAUGCUGGAAAUCACGUUGAUAAACAAUAAAAGCAAUUGUCAAGAAGUGAGGAGCUGUUUGCAUUUAUUAGUAUUGGCUAUUCUAGCAUAUGGGUUUAAUAUUCUACCAAAAGAGCAUCCAUAUGUAUCAAAGCUAAACAGAUGGAACCCAUUUUUAACAAUGGUUGAAAGAUCGUUAUUUAAACUCCUCCGACAAACGUCUCACACAAUCACCGGUAAUCUAACUGAUCAUUCACACAUAGUUUACACCAUUUUGAUUAUCACUCUUUUGCAUUUGGGAAAUUACGAUGAAUCUCAAGCUUGGGUUUAUUCUUCAAUACUUUGCUCUCAAAUACAACAUGUUGGUUGGAAUGUUUCAACAGAUUAUCCCCUGGAAUUAGAAACGAACAGCAAAAAUCUUGGUAAAUUCCGAUCCAGGUUAUUCUGGAAUUGCUUGGUAGUGGAAAAGAUGUCAGCAUCGAUGUUUGGACGAAGUUCGCCAAUCAAUUUUCGACAACUUCUAACUGAGUUCUAUACUUCAGAAACUAAAGAUAUCAAUGAACUUGUUUUCCAGUUCAAUAGCAAACUCUGGUUCAUAUAUGAUAAGUUUAUGGGUCAGAUUUAUUCGUUUCAUUUCAACACACAGAAUAAAAUGUUAUAUAAAAAAGUUUUGAUGACAGCAACUCAAAGUUUCCAGGAUUUCCAAGGGUUUAUGAAUCAAUAUUUACCAUUAAAUGAAACUAAUCUAGAUAAUCAGAAUAUAGUUUUAAUUCAUUUGACUUUUCACGUGUUUUUGUUGUUGAUUAUUCGCCCAUAUAUGAAAAUGCCAGAGAUUUCCUGGUCCAUUUUUCAAAAAAGUAUAUCAAUAACUGAACAAUGUUAUGUUUUUAUAAAUCAUUAUAAUAGUAGAUUUGAGAAUGGAGUAGCAGGUUGGUAUAAUUGUCAUUAUGGGUUUUUGUUGUAUCAAGUGUCGGUGUUUUUAUUAUGUACCAUUACUGUUAGUGACCCUGUUAUCCCACCUCAACAAUACAGUAUAUUAAUUCAACGUUUGAACUUAUUCUUACAAUGCUUGAAGAAGGGGUCACAAUAUUUAACUGUUUAUAAUGUCUAUUACCAAACUUUGUUGAAUUUAUUUAAUAAUAUGAAUCUCAAUGAGGAAAUUUCAAUUUUGGUGAGACAAGCAUUUGAAAAAGAAUCACUUGGAAUGGCAACAGCUAUUAUUGAAAAAGAAGAUUUAGUUGUUGACUUUGAUCAAGAUUGGCAAUCAUACGUAAACUCUUUAAAUUUAGAGCUAGAUCAAGACGUUUAUGGUUUUUUGGAAGAAGGGAUCCUUGAUAUGUUAUGA